AUGCUCAUAAACGUGGUGCAAACCAACCGUCGGAUUUAUACAAUGAUCACGGUGAAGUUGCUGCAGUCUGGUGAUAAUCAAGACAGGAAUGAUACUAGCACUGAGCUGGUGCUACGUAGUUACUCGUACCUCAAGGAGUUUGGGGAAUGGAAGACGCCGACACUUCCAGAGAAACACAAACUGGCUGCAGCCAAUUUUGGAAGUCACCGAGGUCAAUUCGAUCUGAUCUCGCAGGAUGGCAGUGUGGUUUUGGAAUUGGAAGUACCGAGGGGUACAGAUGCCCAGAUGGAUUAUUAUUUGGUGAAACAAGCCACAGUGUCCAUUCAUAUCCAAGAGCUUUUGCAAGUUUAUUUUAUAUCGCUACGGCCGAUUAAAUCUUUGCCUGAACCUUCGCACCGCGAAGCAUGCAACAUUUCGAUCACACUUCGAUCAAUAGCAGGGAAACUAGUUACACGUUGUUGUGUGCCUGGGUAUAUUACGGUCGAACAGCAACAAGGUGAUGGCACUUCAACUGAAAGUAACACACCACGCAACCAAUCAAGACAGCGAACUGGGAUCGAGAAUUUUGAGGCUGUAACGUGUCGAGGCAACUGUAACUCAGACAAGAGAACCAAGGUUAACCUUCCCACUGACCCAGGCUACGCGUGGCUCGAGGUGCGAAGUAUGAACGAAGCAGCUUUAUCGAGACGGUCGUGUCUUUAUUAUUACGCUGUAGCGCUUCAUCACGGUGCUAAGAAAGUCCCAGGAAGUGGAGAUUCGCGAGCGAUGCAGUUCAAUUGGCUGCCAGGCUUACUCGAAUCAUUUCCCACACUGGAAUCUCGGCAACGGCGAUGUCUGAAGGGCAACCUACGCAUGAUGACUUCGUCGAACGGUAGCAUGUUGCAAGAACUGACGCUAGUAGCGCAGAGAUUGCCAACAGCGAGGCUAGAACGAUAUGCAGCUCGGAUCGAGUCGUACACAAGACAUGAGUCAUAA